AUGCUUGGCUUACGGGACGUACAGACAUCGCAUUGGCAUCUAUCACAAACACUCUCUUGGGCUCUCCCCUCAGGCGCAAAAGAACUCGACACACCUUUAUCCACUUCCUCUCAUCGGUCCUUGGACAGGACGACGGGAGAACCUACGCCCCUGCAAGAGGGCGUGGCCACUAAUGGGGAGGGAUGUUUCUUAACGUCGAGGAUUACGAGGGAGUCGCGAGGUUGCUCAUGGGUCCCCCAACUGAGCGAAUACUCUCCAACUAUCUACCCUCUUGGACGAAGCGAGCUGAAACUUCUGAACCCACCACCCAUUCACGUCUUCUUGGAAUUAUCCUGCUGGGCUCUGGGCGGACACUCCUUCUUCCCCCUCCUCACACACCACAUCCUCACUAUCCACACCGACCUCGCGUUGGCAGACAAGCUCGUCCCGCAGGGUGUGCUAAACCUCAGACCUAGCAAGACAGAAUUCUUCAUCGUGGAGAAGUUCCCCAGGAAUGCAGCUAAAAGCCAGGAAGAAUCAAGGCGCGCGGAAGUGGUUCUUAAAAGAAGCCGAUCCUCCAUAGGAUCUGAAGAGGUAGUUUUCUCCCGUGCGCGAGGGUUCGAGCCCUUCCUCGUUUCGGGUAUCUCCUCAGCCUUGGUCGGGCCAACGUUCGGUGGUAUCCCGCUCACGCACCGCGGUGUAGCCGAGAGCGUGAUUGUGUGGGGAGGGGUGGGAGCAGGGUACAGAUGCCGGAGUAUAUGUUGGUUAUUUUGA